GGGAGUGAGUGUGCAGCACAGGGGAGUUGGACAGCAGCAGUCGCACUUUCAUUCCCGCAGGCUGAACUCCUUGUAUGACCUUGACGUAUAAAGUCAAUCACCUCCGAGACGCCACUGCUAUGAGGGUGGAAUAAUGCUGGAGAUAUCCGCUUAAUGCUGGAUUAGUGCGCCUGUAUAUAGUGGCUGCAAUGCUCCGAUCAAUCUCGUAGGUGGGAGUGUAAUAGGAGAGGGGGAUUCGCGCAUCAAUCACCUGAGCGCCAAUCAGAUGCGCGUAUGUCCUAAUGUUCGUCUCCUGGCAACCCGGGACUGGCCCUAAUAAAGAUGGUUGUCCUAUCUAAAGAAUACGGGUAUGUGAUCCUGACAGGAGCUGCCAGCUUCGUAAUGGUUGCCCACUUAACCAUUAAUGUGUCCAGGGCUCGCAAACAGUACAAAGUAGAGUAUCCCAAAAUGUACAGUGAUGACCCAGAGAAUGGCAACAUCUUUAACUGCAUUCAGAGGGCACAUCAGAACACCCUGGAAUCCUACCCACCCUUUCUGUUCUUUCUAGCAGUUGGUGGACUCACUCACCCGCGCGCUACUAGUGCUCUGGGAGUGGCCUGGAUUGUUGGCAGAGAGCUCUACGCCCAUGGCUAUUCCACCGGUGAUCCAAAAAAGCGCAUGAGAGGUGCCAUCGGUUCUUUUGCCCUCAUUGGUCUCUUUGGUGCUACAAUUUGCUCUGCCUUCAAAAUACUCAACUGGACACUGCACCCAAAAACCUGGUGUUGAUCCAACUAGAAGAUGUGCUCAAGAUGGGACCUUCGUUUUUUCACUUUAUAUAGCAGAACCAUUCCAGAGGAGUGCCUGCUUUAUACUCCGCAACCCAGGGCACUGCACAGGCUAAGUUCAACCAAUGUUUAAUGACUGGGGAAACAUGAUUUCCUGGAUUAAAAUAUACAGGAAAAGUG